AUGGGACUUUGGCUAAGUAACGUCUCAACUACUGGAUCCCAAAAGGACGACAGACAAUGGAAUUCGAAACUUUUUUUCCACCCUGAAUCUCCACCGCUACCACAUUGUCGAACGGAGCCAUCACGGCCCUUUUUGCACGUCGGCAUCGACCUCGUCGGUCCCUUUCAAGUAGUCAACGAAGGAAACGGGGAAACAAAGCGGUGGAUCCCGCUUUCAACAUGCAUGGUCACAAGAGCAGUGCAUUUAGAAAUCGUCAAUGAUUUGAUAAAAUUAAUAUAA